AACGAAAAAUUAACGCCUGUAUUAUUAAAAUAUUUAUAGUACGUACGUAAAAAAAUAAUGUAAUGGAAUAAUAAAAACGAUAUUGUUUAAAGCCAUCGAUAGUAUAAACAGUUGAAAACUAUCGAUAGGGCCAUCGAUAGUUCUCCACCUUUACAUUAAUGAUCUUAUGACAGAAAGGAGAAGGAACAACAAAAAAUAAAAAAACCUCAAGUAAUUUAACAAAUGAAAAGUAUUUUCAUUACUUUGAAAUGGAUAUUCUUAAACCUGAAAUUCUACAAAUUGGGAAACGUAUGUAUAGACUAAAUUCAUAUAGGAAUUACUCCCAAAUUGCUAAUCAAAAACAUGAAAACGAUUUGAAAAGUUAUGUGGAAGAAGAUCUUUAUAGUGAAGAUGAAUUUGAAGAAAGAGAAAUAACUUUCAAAAAUGGACAAUUUGAAUAUUCUUUUCAUAUACCAAGCUUAUUUUAUUCACAUAUAAUAGGGACUAAAGGUACUACUAAGAAAAGAAUUGAAUCCCAAACAAAUACGCGCAUAAUUGUGCCAAAACUUGGAACUCAAGGGGAUAUAACCGUUUUAGGAAAAUCCAGAAGUAAUGUUAAUUCAGCCUGUAGAAAAAUAGAUUUAGUUGUAUUAGCUUCAAGAAGUAAAAUUCCUUCAACACAUUUCGUUAAUGUUCCAUUUAAUAAUACUGCUAUUAUGGAAUCUUAUAAAAGAUUUAGAAAUGAAGUAAUUACUCAUCAAAAUUUAACAGGACUUGAUCCAAACUUUUUUAUUCAACCAGAAAAAUUACAUUUAACCCUAACUGUCUUAUCACUAAUUGACGACAACGAUAGGUUAAUGGCAUCACAAAUUUUAAACGAAUGUGAAAAAACUUUUAUACGACAAAUACUGAAAAAGAAUGAUGGAGAAAUAUAUCUUCAUUUAAAAGGAUUAGAGAUAAUGAAUGACGAUCCAUCUUCAGUUGAAGUGUUAUAUGGUGUCGUUAAAAGCGAAGGCUUACAGGAAAUUGCCGAUGGCAUACUAGAUCUUUUUUGUAAAAAUAAUUUAACCCAAAGAAAAACUGAUAAUGUUAAGUUACAUGUAACUUUAAUAAACUCAAAGUUUUCUCAAAAGGAUGACGACAAUACGCAACGCAGAAUAACUUUUGAUGCUAAGGAUAUAUUGCAAAAAUACAUUGAUUAUGAUUUUGGAAUACAAAAAUUGCAUGAAAUUCAUUUAUCGCAGAGGUUUUCUACUGGAUCAGAUGGUUUCUAUGAAGCGACUUCUAUUUUAAAAUUAUAUUAAAAUAAAUUAUAAUAAAUUGAUUAAAAUGAUUAAUAAUAUUUUACAAAAAUUGUUUAAAUGAUUAAGUAAAUCAAAAAAAUGUUUUUCCAAUUUUA